GCCACUCACUGAACGUCUUGCGUUCUCUCCCGGCCCGCCGCCCGGCAACCGGGCAACCGGCAUGGUCAUGCCACCGCGCAAAGCCCUGAUGACGAGCGCGCCCUCCGCCGCGCGCCAGCGCGCCCUCCAGAGGCACGCGCUCCGGAGAUCCGCUGCCGCGUUCGUCCUCGCCACCCUCGUGGCGCUGGCCCUCGCGGUUCUGUACCGCGCCGCCGUCUCGCGUCCGCCGGGGGCCUCCUGGGGGUGGGAGACCUUGCUGCCCUCGGUCGUCGCAUCCGAAGAGGAGGAGGGCGGCGCUGAGGACAGUGAAGAUCUCAAACUUGAGCGAGUCCUAAAGAAGGCUUCAACGGUAGACAAUACAGUUAUCUUGACUACACUUAAUGCUGCAUGGGCUUCACCUGGUUCAGUGAUAGACCUUUUCAUCGAUAGCUUUCAUUCCGGUGUUAGAACAAGUUCGUUGUUGAAACACCUUGUUAUUGUAGCAUUUGACCAGAAAGCAUACGAACAAUGUGUCAAAAUCCAUCCCUAUUGCUUUGCUCUGGGAACCGAGGGUGUGGAUUUCUCUGAAGAGAAGAGGUUCCUGACUGCUGGAUAUCUAGAGAUGAUGUGGAGAAGGCUAGAUUUCUUGCGGCUGGUUCUUGAAAAAGGUUACAGCUUCAUAUUCUCGGAUGCAGACAUAAUGUGGUUUCGCAAUCCGUUCCCCCAUUUCUAUCCUGAUGUAGACUUUCAAAUUGCAUGUGACCACUAUGUCGGCAAUGCAACUGACUUGGGAAAUAUUGCUAAUGGAGGCUUCAACUAUGUGAAAUCUAAUGAGCGAAGCAUAGAGUUCUACAGUUUCUGGUAUUCCUCACGAUUGAGGUAUCCUGGCUGCCAUGACCAGGAUGUAUUCAAUGCUAUAAAGCAUGAUCCUUACAUUGUAGGCAUUGGAUUGACAAUUAAGUUUCUAAGUACAAAGUACUUUGGAGGAUUCUGUGAACCUAGCAGAGAUCUGAACGAAGUCUGCACUAUGCAUGCUAACUGUUGUAUCGGGUUGAGAAGCAAGAUUCAUGAUCUGAGGAUUAUGAUGGAGGAUUGGAAGAGCUAUUUGUCCUUGCCACCAAAUUUAAAAAGAUUGCGGACAUCAGCUUGGAGGGUACCACAAAAUUGCAGUCUUUCAUCAUCACACCGAUAAACCAUACUGACUUGCUGAGGAUCAAGAUAAGGAAGCGAUAUCACUGAUGCAUAAAAAACCCGUUUAUGUAUUUUGAUUGAAGAAAUAGAGAAAGGUCGACUCCUAACUUUUUUAGCGUGUAGUUUUUCCUUUUGCCAACUCCGGACUCCGGUAUGUUAAUUUCGUUUUUGCCCACAACAUGACUCUUGAGUGUUUAGUAAUAGGUUCCUAUGUUAGUCGCUGACCUGGAUGAUAAGUUUCAGUCAUGUAAGACAAAAGCUAAUUUAUUUGUGCAAGUCCUUGAACCUCGAUUCUUUGAGAAGAA